AUGCAGUUAACAGCUUCAACAGUUGCAGCCAUCCUGGCCUUCACUGUAGCCCAGGUUGGUGCCCUGCCUUCCCCUCAACAAACUACCACCGGCGACUCAGUGGCCGCGACCCAGACACCCCCUCCCCCGUCCGCUCCCGAGUCUGUCCCGGUCUACUAUCCCGAGGAGGAAUUCUACAUCGAGAAGCGCUGGACGCCCUCGAACCAUCCGGGCCAGGGUGAAGGUCAUGGUCAAGGAAAUGGCAUGCCACCCAAGUGGCAAGGUGGUGUCCAAGGUAACGGCGGCACCGAUCGCCAUCCAUAUCAGGGCCAACACGGCGGCCCCAGUGGUAUGGGCUUUGGUUCUCACGGCUUCCACGGGCCCAUGCCCGACUCCGACGAGUACGACGGCUACGAUGAUGACGUCCAGGUUGCACGUGGGGCCCGUCGCGCCAUCAACCUCGACUUCUCGCCCGAGGACCACGAUGACGUCGAGCCCGCCGUUCACCCGCUCGGCCGUCGUGCCAUCAACAUGAAGCAGUACAAAUGGUACGAGUACCAGACCAGGAAGCCGUUCAUGGGCUUGGUCGGCGGCAACCCCAAUAUCCGCAACCUCAACUUCAGGGACCAGAGUCGGACGCUGGGCAUGGGCCUGCGUCGCCGUGACGCCGCUCCUCCCAUGGCCCGUUCUCUCGUGCCCACUCGAUACCGGGAGCCCAUGGAACGCGGCCAUUUCGGUCCCAUGCCUGAUGAGGUCGAGGGUGGUGACUUUUACUACUAUCCAUAUGAUGAGGAGAACUAG